GUUCCGAGUAGAACGAGUUUGGCCGUGAAACGGUGAGGACUGCGCCGGUCGUCCGCCCGAUUUCGAGAGGUAGGUGCGUGACGUUGCGGAGAGCGGUCGUCGAGCGUUCGGGAGGAAUCAUCACAGAGAAGUCGACGGGAUCGAGCGAAUUCGCGCGGCUGGCGAAUCUACCGGACCUGCGGCAGCCGUCGGCGGGCAGAAACGGGCAGAAUCGAGCGAAGUACGCGAAGGCGCGUCGUACCUGUCGCGCCCAGCCGAGCGCGUGCACUUUGCGCGGGAAAGCGGCGGCAAUUGUCGGGAUCGAUAAGGACUCGCACGGGAAAAUCCGUUCUCGCUUGACUCGACCACACGCACCCGCUGGAAAACGCCACAGAGGUUCUCGAAAUGCUGGUAGCUUCGAUCUGCUGCGAAGUCUACGUUACGGUGUUGCCCAACACGACCAUGGCCUCGCGAGUACCACGCUGCUUGUUCGGCCGGCCGAGCUCCCGCGAGACCAUCGAGCUGCUCCAGGAGGCGUUGGACGAGGAGAGGAGCAAGUUCGCCAAGCGAUGGGGAGUGGAUCCCUGCGCCGAAGAUAAGGAGAACAAUUAUCAGAGACGGACCAACGAGAGGAGCGAGCCAGCGUGCAACAAAAAACGGAAUAGUAAUCCGUAUUCAAGGCAGACCAGCAUUCACGAGUACUGGCGAGCUCGAAAGAUGUGCGACGUGAGCAAAAAACCUUUGACGUCUUCGGUGGACGUGUCGAAGCAACAGAAUGUGGAGUCGUCGAAGGCGCCGAAGACAUCUACAAUGACGGCGAUCGCAUCGGCGGCGAAGACGAUGUCGCCGAAGAAGAUAAUGUCGCCGAAGAAGACGAUGGCGUCGAAGUGAAACAUGCAUCUUUAACGGUCGCUUAUGUACAUCAGACUUUAUCUAUGCUACCAGAACUUACAUAUUUAUUCCCUCGCCAUUUCCGAGCGUUAUUAUCAUCGAGUUGUUGAGGUAAUUCCUCUUAUAGUUAAUCGCGCGAUCGAGGUAUAUUAAUUGAAUUCUGUAAAUAAUUCGAAUUAUGUUUAGACUUAUGGAGGUCUAGAUGGACUCACUAUCGUAGUAUAAUCGCCAUUUCCGCCUGAAAUGGUCGUUUUUUACGAUCGAUGAAUCAUCGUCUCGACUUGGAACGCGCUCGGGUUGGAGUUCUCGCUCCCCUCGACAGCCCGAGCACUCGCGAUUCACCGUCGUGUUGACAGCUUCUGACGGAUUUCGCGUCGCGUCUGUUAGAGAUUCCUUAUCAGCAAGAAUAGUCCAUCGAAAGCCUGAAACGGUCGCUUCCUGGAAGAAGCGGCGAUGCAGCACCUCCAAAGACUACCGAUUAUAAAACGCCAACUCGCAGCUCCGCACUCUCGUUACGCGAGAGACAGGAGAAAUUCCUAUAUCGGUUUAGGAUUAAGAAACUCUUCUAGUCAUUUAGUAAUUUAACGAAUAAUAAACUAUCGUGCUUUCAUUCA